UCUACCUUGCAUAGUUGCAUUUAACAUUGUAUAAUAUUUAUUAUUUACAUAUUCAUUCAAAAAGCUAAAACUGUAAUKACAAAUAUCUAAAUUUUAAUGAUCUUCGCCUAUGUAGUUUUUUAAUUGUUUGAUAUAAUUUUUCUAAUCGUUAAAAUUUGAUAUCUAUGUAGUAUAUUUAAACCUUGUAAUUAAUACAAUGCUUCAAUGAUGGACUCAGUGAUGAUGGAAGAAGACCUUCAAUUAGGAGUCCAAACAAUAGAUGAAAACUCUAAAACACUGCGACAGCAUAUAAUUGAUCAUAUUGUAUUAAAAGCUUUAAAUAGUGAUUUUAAAAGUCAACAGAAGGACCAAUCAGAGUUUUCACUUGAAGAAAGACGAAAAAUUGCUGAGGACAUUUUAAAUGAUAGUCACUCAAAGUUUUUAUACAUCUUUGGUGAAUAUUUAAUAGAAGACCACUUAGAAUACUUUAAAUCUGGAAAUUAUGAAAUACAUUUUCAUCUACACAGAUUAAGCCGAUUAAUAAAUUCUAAAAAAGUUAUUUGUAAAAAUCGACGUUAUCAAGCUAUGCUUGAACUUCUUAAAGGGGAUUACUUUAGUGAUAAUGAGAUGCGAAAUAGAGAACCUUUACUUUGGGAACAACUGAUUGGUCAAUACCUAUCUGAAGACGAAAAAUUUAACUACGAUAAUCAAAAUUUAGCACAAAAUUCGUUAACUGAAGUUUUAUUUGAGCAAAUUGAUCGUGACAGUAGAGAUGAUUUAAGRCGGAAACAACAAAUAGAGGAAAUUCAUGAAGUAGAUGAAGAAGAUGAUAAAUAUGAUAGUGAUGAUGAUGAUGAUAAGUCAAAUAAACCAUCYACAACUAUGGAAGUUCAUAAGCCUUCAGCAUUUUGGGGCGAAUAUAGUAAACCAAAAAUUGAAACAGUAAAGAUUGGCAAACGUCGAUGGAAAGAAGAUCAUUUCCUCAAUCAAGAACAGUGUAAUAAUAAAGAACUAAAUGAAAAAGAAAAACUCCUUUUAUCAAAUGAAUUUAAAUCUCAUAUGAUUCACAAAUUCCUUAGUGGCGAAGAAGAUUAUGAUUACAACAAUGUAGAUAAUAAUCCAGAAUAUGAUAACUUACACAUUAAGUCCAUCGAUGAAGAAGACAAAUACUUUGAUUCAGAAAGUCCUAUUGAAGAAAUACCUGUUGAAAAAGAUAACAGUGAUAUAGAGCAUCCUAUAGAAAGUGAUGAUGAAGAAGAUGAAUUAGAUACCUAUAUGAAUAUGCUAAAAAAAAAUGAAAUUACUGAUAGUGUUGAAAAUAAAUUUAAAAAUUUAUAA